CUGUAACUCACAAACUAGACGGUGUUUGCGCACGGCUGGUCGCACGUGACGACUACUGGGGAGGGGUGGGGCUUGAGUGAAGCAGUCACCUCCCGAGGGAUGCGGGAUUGGCAAGGAGAGGAGGAAGAUUCCAUGGGCUGGCUGCUUCAGAGGAUUUUCCAGGGUACCUUUUGCUUUUAAAGAAGGAUGUGCAAGUUUAGACUGGAUACUUAUAGCACAAAAUUGGGAGCAAGUUGUGCAAGUUUAGACUGGAUACUUACAGCACAAAUUUUUUUCACCUCUGUUAUGGUAAGAUGAGGCUUAUUAAAGACAUUUGAAGAAUCCAAAUAUCAUCUUUCAAAAUGAGAAUAUUUGUUGCUUUUGAAGGACUCUGUGAGUCUUUUGAUAUUUCACCAGAGAAAACUGUGCAAGAUGUAAAACUGAUGAUAAAGGAUUAUUUUCAUGUUCCACUUUCUGAAGACAAAAAGGGCAGGAGAUACUUGGAGCUGAUAUAUGCAGGAGCAGUACUAAAGGACAACUGGGUACUUGCUGAUGUAGGCAUUACAGUUUCUUCCUCAGUUAAAUGUGUCAUCAAGGAAGAAGACAAGCCAAUUUUCUAUGUAUACAAUGCGGUCACUCAUGAAAAAUUGCCCAUAAGGGGAAGGAUUUAUCUUCUUUCAUCAAAGGUCUCAGAGCUGAAAACUUUAGUGACCUUGAAAUGUGGUUUUCCAAGUAGCAUUUAUUGUCUCAGGACUCCAGAGGGCAGGGAGAUGUUUGACUGCAAUACUCUGAACAAUUAUCAGUUAGAUAUAGGCACAACUCUUCAUUUGGAUGUUUGGAAUGGAUGGAGAGAACUCUUGACCAGCUGUAUCCUAGGAAGCAAACCCAAAAUCCAGUACUAUCUGUCAAAGGAAGAACCAAUACUCAGAUAUCAAAUGAAAGUAGCUCUUUACAUGGCAGCCUUUUUCGGACACCUUCAGGUUUCAACUUGGCUCCUGAAAAAGGGAGUGAAGCCCACUGAAACAAUAGGUGUACAUCCUUAUCGUGAAUGGUGCCAGGAAGACGAUCAUUCCAACAACAUGAAAAGUCCCGUUCAUGCAGCUGCAGAAGCAGGCCAACUUAUGAUACUGAAAGCAUUUGUUAAUUACAGUGCCUUAUCCCUUGAAUGUCAAAAUUCUGCAGGGCAGACUCCAUUGCAGCUAUGUAUCCAGCACAGACAUAAAGACUGUGUAUUGUAUUUAAUCACCAAGUUAUGGUCAGUGGUUUCUUACCCUACAUUCUCUCUGCCCAUGAAAAUCUAUAUUAAGUUAAAGUUGUGGCUUCUUAAAUCUCAAAAUAAUAUCUAUUCAUCCAAGAAGUGCAACCCUGCUGCAGUCUUCAGAACACGAGUUGGGGACGUUGUCUUUGUGGAUGGUUUCACAAAACCAGAAAUGACCUCCAGAGGCUUUUGCUCAGCCACGAUCAAACAUGCAAGCAGCAGAGGUUGUACACUGCCAGAUUUAAAUAAUCGCUUUCAACAUGAGCAAUCUUGGUACCAUGUGACCAUAUCUGAUAUGUACCUCAAGGAGAAAAAUGUUAGAUUUCCUCCAGUGGCAGGUGCAAAGAAGAGAGGUAACAAAGACAGACACUGCCAAAAAAGGAAGCCUAGGAAGAAGAACACACGGCUUAGUGAAGAAUAUAUGGACCAAAAUAUGUGUUUAGCAAGAGUUCCUCUACCUUCUAAUUCUGUCCUCAAGCCAGCUUAUUAUUAUUCCAUACCUAAUGUAGAGUUUCUGCUAAAUCCUUCUCUGGAUUCAUUUUCAAAAUACUGUGGAAGAACUCCAAGACAGAAUGCAAUUUACUGCUUAGCUAUAGCCAGUGAGUUUAAAGAGAAGCCUUGGCUGCAACAAUUGGACAUUGCAAGAACCCUAGCUAGAAAAAGUGUAUGUAACCCUACAUACUAAGAAGACUCAGAUGAAAUAUAUAUAAUAGACUAACCAAAAAGGUUUACAGAAACAAUGCAUCUUGCAUUGUUCCUAUCUUAAUACAUAUACUGAAAAUACUGGAAUAUUCCCUUUUCCACUCCUUCCAAUGCAUUGAAGUGCCAUUCACAUUUCAAAAGGAUUAAGCAUAACAAAAGGUUUAUAUAAAUAUGAAGCAGUAAUACAUAAUUUUUGAACAUUUUGGAUGACUCCUAUUGGGGAUUCUUUAAACAGAAACAUAGGCAAUCUGCACACUAAUUUUUCUGAAGCUUCAUCUGAAGCAAUGGCACUGAAAUGGAAUAGGUUGGAGACUUUGAGAAAGAUGAGGGUGAAGGUUCAUUCUCCGAGCUUGUGGCUUGGUUUCCAAACAUUUUGUUACCCGGUUGGUAACAUGUUCAGCAGGAUUUAGGGGAUGGAAGUGCCAGUGUUCCUCUGUUUAUAUUCUGUUUAACUUAUAAACAGAAGAACACUGACAUCCCCCUAAAACCCUAAACUGAAGACGUUACCUAGACUGGUAAUGAAAUGUUCAGAAACCAACCCACAAGCUCGGAGAACAAAUUUUCACCCUCAUCCUAUACCCGAGCUACAGAUAUUUGUCACUUGAGAAAGAUUGUGGUGGGCAAAGAAGUUGGUAUUCAGAGGAAUCCUCUGAAUACUAAAAAUAAUCUUAGCUUACAUAUUAUGUGGAUGAAAAUAUUUUGCAUGUCAAAAAGUACUAUCAUCCUAGCUUGAAGAUUGAUAAGUCUGAAUUCUACUAUAAUGCCAUUCCCAAAUUAGUCAGAUAUAAUUGAUCCUAAUUUAUAAAACAUUUUUGAUGCUUUUGAAAUGUAUUUCUGCUACUACUUAGAAUUCAUAUGUUCCUAUUAAAUCAUUAUUGACAUAUCAA